AUGGCCCGCAUCGUGUCAGACCCGGCACUGGACAUUGAGCCAAACUUCGCAUCUGCCACUUUCGAAGCCAUCCGCAACCGCAUCAUUGGAAAUUUGCAACUUACUCACGAUGAAGCAGCCAAUGAAUUAUCCAAUGGCUGGAAACAAGACCGUGACAUCCGCUUAGUCGCCUGGACGGCACAAUCCAAUGAAGAAGCGCGACUGGCAGCUGAAGCAGCCCAGGCUGAACACGAACGUGUGGAACAGGAGAGACUCACCCUCGAGCUAGAAGCUGAGAAAGAGCGAAGAGAAAUGGAGAAGAAAAAGCCGAAGAUCAAUGACUUCAAGGCAGGUACCUCUGUCGGCGACUCCCUUACUCACCGCCCCUCCCAGUAUGCUAUCCACAAGCUCAAAUCUUACGAGUACGUAGAGCUCUGGUACUUCAGCCCAGAGGGCUGUAAGAAAACGGCAGACGAAGCAAAAUCAUCUGCCGACAACACUUACGGCUUCACAAAGGUUGACGAUUUCGUCGCCUUGAAACCGGUCGCAUCCUUCAAGCCUUCCCGCAAAGUGAUCCAAGACCAUAGCCUCGAAUGGCGGCAAUUUGACAUGGCUAAAAACUGCUUCCUCCUCCAGAUCAACAGGCUGGGAUGGCCUGAGAAGCACCAACGCGCUAUCACAAUGUUUUUCAUGAACAUCAUCUCCCACCCUCAGCGAGCUGAGCCUCUUGGUGAACGAUCGCUUCUGCUAUACGCCGCGCGCGUACGCAGAGAUUGGCACGACACCCUCACUCUCGACAACGCAUUCGACAUCAGCGUUUUCAAUUCAACCCUCCUGAAAAACCUGGCCGAAGAAGUGUGGAACAAAGUCCGUUUCGAAAGUCUUGCCGAGGUUCGUGUUUCUUCUCGACCCACAAUACCAUGUCGCUAA